GGCCCGCUGCCCCCCCGCCGUGAUGCUGCUGAGCAGGAAGCCGGAGGGGCUCCUCACCGCAGCCAGGUUUGGAGAUGGAUUGUAUGAUUCCUACAUGAGAAUAGAUCAAAUUAGGUACCCAGAUCCUACAAAUGAAGAACACAGCCCUUCUGGACUUCCUUCACUUGGGAGAUCAAAUGUUACUAGCAACAAAUUCACUAUGAAAGAUCAUCCUCUGACUGGAAGUCAGGUCAAAGUUGAGCAACUAUUUGAGGACUCUGGCAAUAAGAGGAGCAGUACUCUUCAGUCUGCAGGAAUCAGUAGUUCCGAAAGAUCUCUUCCUUCCCUGUCAAAAGAUAAAAGUAUAGACAGCUUAAGCACAGCCAAAUCUUGUGGAAGUUCAUCAAAAGUGCGCAAAGCUAUCUCUCAGGCUCCAGAGCAAGCAGUGAAGCAAUAUAAACAUCAGUUAUCUGCUUACGAGCAGCAAGAAAUAUGUAACUUUUCUGAAAUUUACUUUGUGGGUCCAAAUGCAAAAAAGAGGCAAGGAGUAGUCGGUGGCCCCAACAAUGGAGGAUAUGAUGAUGACCAAGGUGGAUACAUUCAUGUGCCUCAUGACCAUCUGGCUUACCGAUAUGAAGUACUUAAAAUAAUUGGAAAGGGCAGUUUUGGACAAGUAGCUAAAGUUUAUGAUCAUAAACUCCACCAGCAUUUGGCCUUAAAGAUGGUUCGCAAUGAGAAGAGGUUUCACCGUCAAGCAGCAGAGGAAAUUCGGAUUUUGGAGCAUCUCAAGAAACAGGAUAAAACUGGCAGCAUGAAUGUUAUUCACAUGCUAGAAAGUUUCACCUUUCGGAACCACAUAUGUAUGACCUUUGAGCUCCUGAGCAUGAACCUGUAUGAGCUGAUCAAAAGAAAUAAAUUUCAAGGGUUCAGUGUGCAGCUGGUACGCAAGUUUGCCCACUCUAUAUUACAAUGUUUGGAGGCUCUUUAUAAAAACAAAAUCAUACAUUGUGACCUGAAGCCAGAAAAUAUACUUCUAAAACAGCAAGGGCGGAGUGGCAUCAAGGUUAUUGAUUUUGGGUCCAGCUGCUUUGAGCACCAAAGAGUCUACACAUAUAUUCAGUCUCGAUUCUAUAGGGCCCCAGAGGUCAUUCUGGGAAGUCGCUAUGGGAUGCCCAUAGACAUGUGGAGUUUUGGUUGUAUUCUGGUGGAACUGUUGACUGGAUAUCCUCUUUUUCCUGGAGAAGAUGAGGGAGACCAACUGGCUUGUAUGAUGGAGCUUCUUGGAAUGCCACCUCAGAAGCUUUUGGAUCAAUCCAAGCGAGCCAAGAACUUCAUCAACUCCAAGGGUCAUCCUCGCUACUGCACUGCAACUACACAUACAGAUGGGAAAGUGAUCCUCAAUGGCAGUAGAUCACGCAGGGGUAAAAUGCGUGGUGCUCCAGGCAACAAAGACUGGGUGACAGCGUUGAAAGGCUGUGAUGACCCCUUGUUUAUAGAAUUCUUAAAAGAAUGUCUUAACUGGGAUCCUUCUGCACGCAUGACUCCAAGUCAAGCUUUAAGACACCCUUGGAUUUGUAAGCGAAUGCCCAAACCACCCAGUACUGAUAAAAGCAUGGGUAAACGGAUAUCUAACUACACAAGCUCCUUCCCAGGAAUAGGUUCUAAGUUGCCUCCAGUAGUUGGAGUGGCAAACAAACUGAGGGCUAAUUUAACAUCUGAAUCAAAUGGCAGUAUACCUCUAUGCACUGUACUACCAAAACUGGUCAGUUAAUAGAAAAUUAUGUAUUCCCAGAAUACAUACCUUGUAUUUUUAUUAUCUGCUAGAAACGUGUAAGGUGGUGAAAUGCAGAGGUUUUUAAUGGAUUUACUUUUCAUUAAACACUAAAUCUUGUACAAAAAAAGAUGAAUCAAAAUAUAAACAUUUCAAGGGCUAAUUGUUUUAUCAAGUUGUUUCAGUUGCAGUGUGGUGCAUAUUACAUCACUUGAUAGGUCAACACAUCUGUUCUGGUCAGUGAGAUUACAUGCUUUUACAGUUGUGUUUAAUAGCACUAUUUAAAAAAGAAUCAAACCAUUUCUUAUCAGGACAGUUUCAGUUAGCAAAUGCUUUGUCACAAGACAGCAAGAAAAAAGCAUUUAAAAUUGUAUUCUGUUGGAUAGAACGAGCUCUGCUUUCAAUUAAGCCCCAAGUGAACGUCUUAAAUUUGGAUGAAAUUUUACAGAUUUACUGUCAAGAGCACAAGUGUUUUAAUCUAAAAAGUGAGAAUGUUACUUGCCAAUUUCAAAUUUAUAUUUGAAUGAUUUGGUUUCCCUACAGAAUGCUUUCCCCUUACACAUUUUGGAGGGCUCCUGGCAUAUAGGGAUCCAAGUUGCUGCAUUCCUAAAUUUCUUAGGCUGGGAUUUUCAAAGGAGCAUACAAGUAGUUAGGGACACAUCAGUUGUGUGUAGACCUGCUAGGAUCAACUUCUGUACUGGGAUAUGCACUCGCUACCCCCACUGAAGUCAAUGGGAGUUGCAGGCGUGC